AUGUUCUUGAGUUCGAUCUCCGAGGUUGAUGUGGGUGAUUAUUACUGCCGCGCCGAGAACACGGUGGAUUCCGUGGAUGCUCCUGCACGCCUCGAAAUACUCGAGGCGCCGAAAUUUACCCGCACUCCCCAAAGUACGGAAGCGAAAGAAAAGGGCGACGUGGAACUCGCUUGUGGGGCUGCUGGACAUCCCACACCAACAAUUCAGUGGUUCAAAAAUGGCGAGGGUUUCACAGAAAGCGACUAUUUUCAGAUUGUAAACGGAAGGAAUCUGAAAAUUUUCGGUUUGUUGCCUGCGGAUUCUGGCGUUUACCAGUGCUUCGCUUCUAAUGAUGCAGGAAACGCUCAAGUUUCUGCGCGACUCAUUGUUUCCAGUGCAUCUUCUGGAAACUUUGAUACCGUUCGGGAAGAGGAUGAAGAAUUGGAAGAAGUUCGACGCGUCGAUGAGGCAGAGUCUUUGUCCCCGAGGAACUUGAGGGCUGGCCCGGUCAAUGUGCGUUUCAUUGCUCUUCGAUGGGAUCCACCGGAACGUGCUCGAGAAGGCGAUGUUGUUGGCUACCUUGUCUUCUACAAGGAACAUGGAUCGAAUCGGGAGCGAGAAAAGAAUGCGACGAAGCCGGAAGUUCUUCUGCACGAUUUGAUACCCGAUCAGCGGUAUGACAUCCGCGUCGUUGCCGUCGGAGCCGAUUCAAAUCCCGUCGGUUCCCCGGCAUCCAUCGUGACGAAAACCCAGCCAUCUGUGUUCGACUCUGGGCCAGCUCCGGAAUUGUCUGGAUUCGGGCCCCCGAGCGUGAAGCCGUUCAACGUGAGAGCCGUAGCCUUGGACAGCACGUCGGUGCGAGUGGAUUGGGCGCCAUCAUCGGCGAAUGGCGGUCGGACGGAAUAUUUCUUGUCCUACAUGGCCGAAGACGCCGCCGAGGAGAAGCUGGCGACAACGUUUGACCCGUUUUUCAUACUCCGAAAUCUUAGGCCUUAUACGAUGUACACGGUUUGGGUCGGGAUUGGAGGAGGAAAUUCCCGAACAGCUGCGGAAGACGUGACUGUGAGAACCUUUUCGGAUGUUCCUUCGGAGGCGCCUCAGAAUUUCACGGCGGAAGCUGCAAGUUCGAAGAGUAUCGUAGUGAGAUGGGAGCCGCCGCCGGAAGGAACUGCGAACGGCAGGAUUACUGGCUACAAACUUAGGUACAAGGAGAAAGGGAGCAAUGGAGUGGCAAAGAUGGUGACUACAGAUGCG